CUCACUUGUCACGCUCCAGAAGGAAACCUCAUCGCACUACUCUAUAUAGUUCACCAUGAUUUCUUGGAAUGCCCUUGGAUUAGGUGUAGCGGCCUCCUUUGCUUUCCUAGGCACAGUCUCGGUUGCUCAGCCCAGCGUAGCCGAGGACCUCUUUGGCGUGGCCAAGAUGCAAGCUCCCUCUCCUGUUAGGCAGCUCGACUCGCAUUCGUUUUCAAUUCUGCUUGGAGGCCGUGAUAUGGCCAUUGGAGUAUCCAUUUUCCUACUGGCAAGAGAAGGCAACACCAAGUCCAUGGGGACUGUGAUCCUCAGCACGCUCUGCGUCUGCCUACCUGAUUUAUAUCUUGUAUGGCGGAAUAAAAGAUAUCAAGAUUUGGCCGUAAUGUCUAUAGCAACCGUUGCGGCUGGUGUAAUUGGAGCGGGACUUCGCGGUUGGCUCUAAGGAGUCUGCUAUCCGACAAUUGGCACUCUGCUGUAAUAUUAUUAAAUCCCUCUCCUUCUAUAUGUGUCCCUAUACUCAUCAUAGUAAAGAAACCCAAUUGCAUAUAUUUGUUUUUAAUUUAACCGCGAAUUUAUUGCCAAAUCCCCCAGCUCGUAUUUUGCCUACUGUGGCGCGAGCUCAACCACGCUCGCAGGUUGCGUCACCGCC